ACAGCUAGAAAGGGUUAGGGUUUCUCUCCCUCUCUCUCCCUCUCCCUCUCUCGAAUGUCUUCUCCGCCCGUUAUCCGGCCAGAUAUGAACUCGCACGAAAAAUCCGAGCCGUCCACGAUGGAAUCCGAGCCACCAUCGCCAUUGAUGACGGACCAUUUCGAUCGACUUCCUGACUCGCUGCUUCUUCUGGUUUUCAACAAGAUCGGGGACGUCAAAGCGCUGGGCCGCUGCUGCGUCGUCUCCCGUCGAUUCCAUUGCCUGGUCCCACAGGUGGAUAACGUUGUCGUCAAGGUCGAUUGCGUCAUCUCCGAUGACAAUUCCGACACCUCUUCCUCCCCUUCAUCCUCAUCUUCCUCCCCCACCGACAAGGGUAAAUCCGUCUUUUCCAACCUCGUCCGCCUCGUCCUCAUGAAGCCCCUCCAAUUCCUCGGCCAAUUCCUCUGCCCAAAGAAACCCAUCUCCCCCAACGACGUUCUCUCCCGCCCUGAGGCGGCGGGCGGCAGCGACGUGUCCCACCAUUCCCCCACUGAGGUCCUGAAGAACUUCAACGAGAUCCGACGGUUGAGGAUCGAGCUUCCUGGUGGGGAAUUGGGAAUUGAUGAUGUUCUUCUCAAAUGGAAGGCUGAUUUUGGGUCCACCCUCGAUAGAUGUGUCAUUCUCGGAGCAUCAUCUGUUCUUGCCCCCAGCCUGGCUGCGGCGUCUGCGGCAGAAAAAUCCACGGCUGUGCGUGAUGAUGCGAGCUGCGGCGGUGGGGAGGAUAAUGGGAGCAUUCCAGAAUCGUUCUACACCAAUGGUGAAUUGAAGCUGCGAGUGGUCUGGACGAUCAGCUCCUUGAUUGCGGCAUCGGCCCGGCAUUACUUGCUGCAGCAGAUCAUCGCGGAGCAUGGGACGCUGGAGAGCUUGGUGCUGACGGACUCGGACGGUCAAGGGGUGCUGAGGAUGGACAGGGAGCAGCUGGAGGAGCUGAGGGUUAAGCCACUGUCGGCAUCGGCAUCAGCGAAUAGAACGCUCGUCCCAGCCCUCAACAUGAGGCUCUGGUAUGCCCCUUACCUGGAGCUGCCGGAUGGGACUGUGCUCAUGGGCGCCACACUGGUCGCGAUACGACCCAGCGAGCAGACGGGGAGGAAGAGGGAGCCUUUGGAUGGGGGGUGUUGGGUGUCAUCUGCAUUUGAGGAGCCAUAUGGGACGGCGGCGAGGCUGCUUGUCAAGAGACGGACAUACUGCCUUGAGAUGAAUUCGUUCUGAGAUGUGGGGACUCUUUGUAGGAAAUUGAGGAUGGCAGGAUGCAUAUUAGAGAGGAAAGAGGGAAGGUGGGCAUUUCAGGUGGUGGACGAUGCGGAUUUUGGCCUUUGGACAACUUAAAAGUCUUCUAUCCAGUGGUAACACAUUUCCUCUAGUUGAUAUGAUCAUCCCUGUUGACUGAGCUGUGCUUGUUGUAUUGCCUUGUACUGAGAUAUGUAUGCGUCUUUUUCUUUUCCUUCAUGAGAUGGCUAUCACAUCCAGCUGCACUUGUUUCACAGGAUCUUGUAGAUAACACUCUUUCACUUCAGUUAUGAUCUCCUUACUCUGUGAAUAUUGAUAUUGUAUGGAUGAUCUGAGGUCUUCUGUUAAAAUCAUUCUCGAGCAGAUUUCUUGCA